AUGCUUUUCUACCUGGGCACAGUGUGGGUGCACUUGUGCUACGGAUUCAAUGUGGAUGUGGAUACCCCAACGAUAUUUGAAGGCCAGAGUCAGAGUUUUGGCAUAAGUAUCGCCCAGAUUGAGAAUAAGGUGCUCGUUGGGGCCCCAUUCGAAACAGGCCAGGUGAAUGAAGUGGGCAAACUCUACCAGUGCACCUACCCUUUGGGUGACUGUAAAGAGAUUAGCAUCCAAAAAUGCACCCGCCAUCCAACUGACAUUGCCUUCCUGAUUGAUGGCUCUUCCAGCAUCUCGGAAGAAGACUUUGAAAAGAUGAAGCGAUUUGUUUCUGAAGUCAUCAAGAAUCUCUCUGGCAGAGAUACAUUGUUUGCUCUCAUGCAGUUUUCAGGGAACUUCAGGGAACAUUUUAAUUUCAACAGUCAAGACUCUGCACAACUUGUAAUGAAAGUGAAGCAGCUGUAUGGAUGGACCAAAACAGCUACAGCCAUCCGCAAAGUUGUGAGGGAACUGUUUAUUGCAGAAAAAGGAUCUCGGAAUAGUGCUACAAAGAUCCUUAUUGUGAUAACUGAUGGAAGCAAGCUGAAUGAUGAUGCUGAGUAUUGGGAAGUGAUACCAGAGGCUGAACAAGCUGGGAUCAUCCGUUAUGCCAUCGGGGUUGGCUCUGCAUUUUCAACCAUCGGAGUCCAACAGGAACUGAAAGACAUCGCUUCUGAGCCAGACGAUGAGCAUGUUUUCAAAGUCAAUAAUUUUAAUGCUUUGAAAACUAUCCAGGAGCAGUUACAGAACAAAAUCUUUGCAAUUGAAGGCACCCAGUUCCGGAAUAGCAGUUCCUUCCAGAUGGAAAUGUCCCAGGAAGGUUUGAGUGCCCUCCUGAUCCCGCAAGGCCUUGUCAUUGGAGCUGUGGGAGCCUAUGAUUGGUCUGGAGGAUUACUUCUAUAUCAAACCGGCCACCAAGACCCAGAAUUUAUUAAUAUCUCCAGCAUCCUCAAAUAUAUGAAUAAUUCCUAUCUCGGCUAUUCUUCUCAGCCUGUCCAGUUCCAUGGGAGGAAUGGCCUGGUUGUAGGAGCUCCCCGCUAUGAUCACAUUGGCAAAGUUGUCUACUUUGAGAAUGAAGCCCUGAGUCGGGAAUGGCGGCUAAAGAUGGAGGCAGUAGGGGAACAGGUUGGUUCUUACUUUGGAGCAACUCUGUGCUCGGUGGACCUCAAUCAAGACACAAACACAGAUUUAGUUCUGGUUGGAGCUCCCAUGUACUACGAUGCCACUGCAGGAGGAAGGGUUCACAUCUGUCUUUUUAAGAAUGAAGCAUUUUCUUGUACAAACAGCCACAGAGCUUUGAAAGGAGAGCCAGGGCAUUUGUUUGGUCGCUUUGGGGCCAGCAUUGCAGAAGUGGGUGACAUCACUGGGGAUAAAUGGACAGAUGUAGCCAUUGGGGCCCCCUUGGAAGAUGAGAAUGCAGGAGCCGUGUAUAUCUUUUCAGGGAAAAGGGCAUCCAUCAAUCGCAGAUAUGUUCAGCGCAUUCAGGGACUGAAGUUUUCUGGAAGGUUUUCUUAUUUUGGCCAAGCCAUCAGUGGAGGAAGAGAUCUUACAGGGGAUGGUUUGAAGGACAUCAUUGUGGGACAACAAGGAAGAGUUUUGUUGUUGAGGUCUCGUCCUGUUCUGCAAGUGAAGGUCUCCAUCGUGUUCCACCCACCUUCCAUCCCAACCUCAGUCUUCCAAUGGCAGAGGCCAACAUCUCAGGAAAAUGUGACCAGCAUGGCAGAAGUGUGCUUUACCAUUUCGAAAGUCACUCAGGAUUUCCUAGAUGAAAUCUAUAGUGAGCUUUCCUACAGCCUGACCCUGGAUUCUCACAGAAUAAAAGCCAGGGCCUCCUUCACUUCUAUGUCUCCCACCCUGCAAGCGAACAUUUUGAUUGGACUUGAGCAGAAGUGUCAGAAUCACCAGAUUGAAAUAUCUGUUGGCGCCGAGGACACCGUGACCCCCAUUAUUUUAAGGCUGAAUUAUAACCUCACAGGAAAGUCCAUCACUAAAGUCCCAGACCUCCUGCCCAUCCUGAUGAAAUGGGCAAAGCCAAGCUACACAGCUGAGCUCCCCUUUGAGAAGAACUGUGGGAAUGAUGGACUAUGUGAAGAUAUUUUGCAAACCUCAUUUACUUUCUCAGGCCUGCAAACUUUAGAUGUGGGUUUGACUCCCGAGUUCACUGUAACAGCCUCCCUUCAGAACCAAGGGGAGGACUCCUAUGGCAGCACUCUACGCUUCUUCUACCCUGCAGGGCUGUCCUACCGCAAAGUCACCUUGCUGCAACAGGCUAUUUUUGUUGCUACUUUUGAUGUCUCCCCAGACGCUGACCUAGGGGACACCCUGCAGAUUGUGGUCAAAGCUGACAGUGAAAAUGAGAACAGCACCAAGGACAUUAGUUAUGAAGCCACUUUGCCUGUCAGAUAUGCAAUAUAUCUCCUUAUCAACAUGGGUAAGGAAUCCACCAAGUAUGUGAACUUCACCGUUGGCCAAGAAGGCACACAAAAGAUUGUUGAACAUCGAUAUCAGGUGAAGAAUCUUCAUGAACGAAGCAUCCCUUUCAAGGUGACAUUUUGGAUCCCAGUAAAACUGAGAGGGAUCCCAGUUUGGAAUGUCUCUCUAGUCAUUCCUUCUGAGCCUGAAGUGGCCAAGUGUGUUUUUGAGAGAGAAACUCAAGGCGCCAAGGAUCUCCUGGCAGAUGAAGCAAGGCCCCAGUUGGAUUGUUCCACCGCUUCUUGCAAAAUCAUCCAGUGUAAUGUUUUGCCACUGAAGAUACACAAAAGGGCACUGGAGUUCAGGAUCAAAGGAGAUAUCCAUUUCAGUUGGACAUCCCAGGUCCAACAGAAGACAAUUAUUUUGGUGAGCUCCGCACAGAUUUCUUAUAACAACAGAAAAUACACACAGCAAGUGGGCUUUCCACAAACUCAGGUGCAGACAGUGGUGGAGCGGAUCGAGAUCUACAACAGCUUCCCCAUUAUCAUAGGCAGCUCUUUUGGAGGCUUAAUCCUGCUAGCUCUGUCAACGGCAGCUUUAUAUAAGGUUGGGUUCUUCAAGCGUCAAUACAAGCAGAUGCUGGAGGAGGCUGGAGCUGGUAAUGACACUGUUGACACAUCCUCACAAAAUGUAGACUCCUCUCCUCCUAGCAAUGACACUGUUUCCUAA